AUGAAUAUAUUUCUUUUCCUUCUUUCUUUCUUCCCACUUUUCCCUUCUGGAUCUUCAAUUAUUGAUGGAUUUCCAGCUAACUCAUUCGAUGCACUCUCCCUUGUCUCUGUGAUAACUCGUUUCCCAAAUGGGAAUACAAAUGUAUGUGGAGGUGUUCUUAUUGGACCAAGUAUUGCGAUGACUGCAGCACAUUGUGUUUUUUCGAAUGACGAAUUUGCACUAACAGCCAAAGUAACAUUGGGAGAUGUGAAUUUGAGUAAACAAGAUGAUCGUGAGCAGGAGUUCAGAAGUCAUGCGAUGGCGAUUAGUAAGCAGUUUUUGAAUGGAGUUUCCGAAGCAAACGAUGACGUGGCAAUUGUAUUUCUCCCAAAAAGAGCCGAUGUCUGUGAGUCUGCUAUCUCUCCUCAAAUUGCGAAACUUCCAAGUACAUGGUCUUUGAACUUUAAAGAAACUCCAAGCAUCCCUUCACAAUUCCAAAUUGAAAACUCGGUAUGCUGGAUUGCAGGUUGGGGAAAAACGGAGAACACAACGGCAAGUCAUAGUGAUACAGUCCGCCAAAUGACUGUCAAGCUGAGCAUUCGUAGAAUUGGAAGACGGAAGUAUCUGAUGGCUAGAGGAGUUUUAGGGACCAGUAGGACUUGUAUGAUCGGAACCGUUGCUCAUAUCGGCUCUUUCGUCAAAAUGAGUCAGCAAGACCCUUCGAAUCAUCUCCAAUUCUGUCGGGAUUUCGAAUAUACAUUCAUUUCUGAUUGGAGAGAAAGUUCUGAAAGAAUUGCGGAGAUUCUGGAGAAAUAUGGAGAGUUGGAGCAGUUGAAUGAAGGGCAAGAUAUGUGUUUUGGUUCUGGAAAACUCUGA